UUCUUCUUGCCACAUCAUUAUGAUUCGCCAACUGUUAAUUCUGGCACUUUGCUUUGUGGCACUUCAGGCAAUGGGAGUACCAAUGGGUAAUGGAGAUUGUGGUGCAGAGUUCAAGUGCCCACCGAACUUCCACAAAUCGAAUAGAGUUAAUGGAGUAUGGUGCAUCAAGGUUUACCCAGGAAACAUGACUUGGUGGGAGGCUGAACGUGAAUGCCGAUGUACCAUCAAAGGUGGUCAUCUGUCAGGAAUUGAGAGUAACUCCGAGAAGAGAUAUGUGGAAGAACAAACGUUGAGCAUUCUUGACGAUAAAAACAUCAAGAAUGGAGCAGUUUGGCUUGGAGCCUAUAGACGCAAGGAAUGCCCAUCAGGAAAAGUAUCAUCCGACAGCAUUUGCCACGACGAGAAAACCUUCCAGUUCACAGACCAGCAUACAUGCAAGACUCUCAUCUUCCAGGACUGGGCUGCCAAUCAGCCGACCAACAAUGCCGGAGACGACUGCGCAGUUUUACUUGCAUCCACCGAAGCUUCUGGAUCAAACAGUGAAGCAUCUGGAAAGGCAGCUGUCAAAAACUGCCUUCAUGUUCAAGGAACAACUCCAAUUCUCUCAUCCGUUGGAUUUGUUUGUGGCGUGAAAGCAGCUCAAGAAGGUGGAAACUAUGGAGGAUACGGAGGUGGAGAUUUUAUGGUUAUCGGUGCAGCCAAGCCAAAACAUUAAAUACUUCCUAAAUUAUUAAUUUCUGAUAAAGAUGAAAUGUUAUGU